AUGGCUGGUGGUGGUGUUGAGCCGGCCGCGGGCGGCGCCGAGCUCGCCAAGUACGGGCUGCCGGGGCUGGCGCAGCUGCGGAGCCGCGAGUCCUACGUGCUCUGCUACGACCCGCGGAGCCGCAGCGCGCUCUGGGUCAUCGAGCGCCUCAACCGCGACACGCUGAGCGGCGCCUCCGAGCGCGCCGCCUGCGACUUCCAGGAGGACAACUCGGUGCACGAGUACCACCGCGCCACCAACGCCGACUACCGCGGCAGCGGCUUCGACCGCGGCCACCUGGCCGCCGCCGCCAACCACAAGUGGAGCCAGAAGGCCAUGCAGGACACCUUCUACCUGAGCAACGUCGCCCCGCAGGUGCCCCACUUGAACCAGAAUGCCUGGAAUAACCUUGAGAAGUACAGCAGGAGUCUGGCCAGGAACAACAAGAAUGUCUACGUCUGCACGGGACCUCUUUUCCUGCCCAGGAUGGAGGCGGAUGGGAAGAUGUACGUCAAGUACCAGGUGAUUGGGAAGAACAACGUGGCCGUGCCCACCCAUUUCUUCAAGGUGCUCAUCUUGGAGAAGGAGAGYGGGGAGAUUGAGUUGCGCUCCUACGUGAUGCCCAACAGCCCCGUGGAUGAGAACAUACCGCUCGAACGAUUCCUGGUUCCCAUCGAGAGCAUCGAGCGCGCCUCGGGGCUCCUCUUUGUCCCCAACAUCCUGAAGAAGACAAAUAACUUGAAAGCCAUCACAGCCGGGAAGAAGUGAUGAGCCAUGACUAAGCAACUUAAGGUGCGCUCUGGCAGGGRCUGAGACAGCAGGAGGUAGCAAAAUUAUAUUUCCUUAUGCAAUUUUAAAUGUGAAAUAUUGUUAAAUCACUGCUUCUCUCUGUGUGGGACUGGAGGAAGGGCAACACUGAAGUGGAUGUCCAAGGCCAGUCUCAGAGGCAGGUCCUGCAAGAGGCUCCUGAGCCUGAUACUGUAAGAGCACGUCCAGGGUUUGCCUGUACAACUGCAGUACUGAGGAUGCUCUGUAAGUUACUCCCUUUGAGUUGUGUGUGGCUCAUGAAGAGACAAUGGAGGGUUACUGCAUUUCAGAUACUUGGCAGGGAAAAAGAGGUGCAAGGUGGGUACAGGAGGAGAUGGGCAAGUACCUGCCCUGUUGUGGCAAAAGGAUUGUAUAAUGCUUUAUUU